AUGGAAGGUCUCAUCAUCACGCUCUCGGGCUUCACCGUGCGGUCCACCCCGAGCCGCGACGACAUGCAGGCCAUGAUCCGCCUCGUUGGCGCGUGCUGGCUGCCCGUUCUGUCGCGGAGUCACACGUCGCACCUGAUCUGCUUUGAAGCGUCGGGCGAAAAGUACCAGCGGGCGCGCACCUGGGAUCUGCAAAACGUCGUGACGUUUGAGUGGAUCUUGGAGUGCGUCAAGCAGUGGCGGUAUGUGCCCGAGGCCGAGUUUAGCUGGGAGCCACGGCCGCCCAAGAUGCCGAAAUUCGAUGUGCACGACGCGCUGCAAGUCCUCGAGGCCAAGCCACUUCGCAGCGUCACGCCGCUCAAGCCAAAAGAACCCGAGACGGCGUUCGUCUCAACGCUCACGACGCCCGUCCUUCUGCGCAGCACGCAGCCCGAUGCGACAGACGUCCUGGCGUCUGCACCGACAGCGCCCAUACCCGCAAUGGCCACAGCUUCGGUCAAAACCUCGGCCAAAACCUCGGCUAGAACCUCGGCCCAGACGACUGCAAAAGCAGUGGCAAUGCCAGUCAAAAAAGCAGCUGUGACGCCUGCGCGGGGCAAGAAGGCGGCCACAAAACGAGCCAGCCCAAGCAGUGACGCAUCGGUUUCGGUACUGGAGGUUGUCGUGUCGCGACCUGCGGCAGCGAAGAAGACGCCGAAGGAAACCAAACGCAAGGGAAAGACCCAAAGCGAGCCCGAGACCAGCGACGUUGUCGUUCUCAAGCAGCGUCGAACCACCGCACGCAGCAAGACGCCAAAGCGCAUGUUUUUGCUCACAGGCACGCACGAAGAGCUUGCGAUCAACGAGUCGAUCGUGCAGUUCCUUGGCGGCGUCGUUGUGCACAGCGCGCGCGCGUUCGAUCCGGCUUGCACGCACGUCAUUUGCAAGGAGCUGCGGCGCACCGAGAAGAUCAUUGCAGCCUGUGCCUCUGGGAAGUGGAUUCUUACGCCCGAGUAUCUCAGAGACAGCCGCGCCCAAGGACUCUUUCUGAGCGAAGAAGGUUACGAGUGGGGUCUCGACAAGGUGUCGAAAGACCACUACUGCGACCCUCGCAUUUGGCUGCCGGUCGCCAAGUACUGGCGCACGCACCUUGCCGCGGGCGGUGCGAGGGCCUUCGACAAUUGGACGUUUGCAAUUCUUGGUGAGACGGUGCCGCCGCCAAGCAUGUGUACGCACGUGAUUGUGGCCGCCGGCGGCGUUGUCCUCGACGUCGCCGCGCUAAUCAAGAAGUUUCAAGCACACGACGACUUGGCGCCGAUGGUGGUGCUUGUGGCCGACGCGGUCAAGAAGACGGACAAGGUGCUCAAGAUCCUGCUGGAAAAGAAGGUGCCGCUUGUGAAGCCAGGCUUCCUCAUCGAUUACAUUACGAAAGACCAGCACGCGCGGCCCGAGCUCCAACUGUACUACUACCUACCGUGAAUGGGAUCCCGUUGACCG